AUCAUAAUCAGAAUAUUAAUCGCAAUCAAUCAAUGAGAAAUAUCUUUAUAUCAAAAAUGCGAAACGGAUUUUAGGUGGUAUAAAUGGACCAAAAUUUCAAAUUGUAAUCACAACAGUUUCUUCUUCUGGAGAAACAUCAGGACCUCUAAAAAACGAACGGUUAGAAAAGGAAAAAAAAAAAUGAAAGUUUGUACGAUUUUGUUAUUGUGUGUUGGCUUUCUUGUGGUGACAACUUUUGCUGAGGAAUCAGUAGAGGGAUCAGUACAGGAAUCAGUACAGGAAUCAUCGGAGGAAUUAGCAUCGCCGGAAGUUGAUUCAAGUGAAACUGAACUCGACACGGAAUUCGAAUCAGAAGAAGAUGAUUCAGAUUUUGAUCUCGAAUUAGAUGAACUCGCUGGAAGAUGCCGUAGACGUGGACAAAGAUGCAAUCGGGAAAAUCGAUGCUGCCGUCAAUUGCAAUGCAAUCGUCGUUCAAGGCAGUGCGAAAGACGAGGUGGUGGUGGUGGUGGUGAUGAUGGUAGACGUUGCCGAAGACAAGGACAACGCUGCAAUCGUCAAAACAGAUGCUGCCGUGGAUUGUCCUGCAAUCGUAAUAAUCAAAGAUGCGAACGUCGUCAACAACGUUGCCGCCGAAAUGGUGAAAGUUGCCGAAAUAACCGAUCGUGCUGCAGAGGAUCAUUGUGCUCCAGGAGAGACAGAAAAUGCCGUCGUAGGAACGAACUCGUCCCAGAAGAAUUUAUGGACGAUGUUGUCAGUGUUGAAGAACAAAUGGAGGAAACCGAAAACUAAUCUGGAACACUUUCUAUACUGGCUGCCAAAAUAAAAUUUACGAUUUCUAACAUGUAUUUUUUAGAAACAAAAAUUAAAAAAAAAAAAAUUAGCAAACUGUAAUCUAUCAAAGAAUCAAUAAACACCAAUUGCAUUAAAAUUAA